CACGUCAGGACAUGAAGCCCUUCCUUGAGCGCGGGGUUACCCUCGUGGCCCAUGCGCGUCACGUGAGCAGCCUACGUGAGCAGGCCGUACGUGUCAUGGCCAGCAAAAUCCGCGCAGAUCUUGAGUCAAACCCCAACCUGUGGCUCAGUGCUUCUGCUGUGGACGAACCCACCGUUUCCAUCCUGGAUCCAGCACCUGGAUAUGCACUCGCUGGUGGAGGCCCAGAACUGCACCAUAAUCUUAGUCUCGACUUCGAUCAACCCAUGGACAAUGUGGGUGUGCCGCUGGCCUAUCUACCUACAGACUCGAGCAAUCUGGCCGACCCGUUCACCCUCGUAGAGCAGGAUAUGGUGAGUGUCAAUCACAGCAUCAAGCGCAUCCUCGGAUCGGAUCACCCCGUGCUGGCCGCAGUGGCGCGUUACUUCUUCGAGCACGAUGGCGGUAAGAAGGUGCGCCCCACAAUGGUGCUCCUGGUGUCGCGAGCUGCCGAGGCUCACCGUCGUGCCACGGACACCCCAUUGCCAGAGACACAGUCCGAGGAGUACAUGCACGCUGCACAACAGCGACUCGCCGAGAUAACUGAGAUGAUCCACACGGCCAGUUUGAUGCACGACGACGUGAUCGACGAGGCGGACACACGUCGCGGCCGUCCGUCCGUGAACAAAGUGUUUGGUGGCAAGAUGGCCGUAUUGGCUGGCGACUUCUUGCUGGCGCGUUCAUCCGUACUGCUAGCUCGUUUACGCAAUCUGGAGGCGGUGGAGCUCAUGUCCACGUCAAUUGAGCACUUGGUCAAGGGCGAAGUCAUGCAGAUGAAGAAUGCCGACGCUCGUGACGACAUUUCUCCCUUCGAGUACUACUUACGCAAAAAUUACUACAAGACGGGAUCGCUCAUGUCCAACAGCUGCAAAGCGGCUCUGGCACUGGGCAAACACGACCAGCACAUCUGCGAUUUGGGCUUCGCGUUUGGCCGCCACAUCGGCCUUGCCUUCCAGCUGAUUGACGACGUGCUGGAUUACGAGGGCGUUGAAACCGGUAAACCGUUUCUGGCCGACCUAAAAUCAGGCUUGUCGACAGCUCCGUUGCUGCUCGCACAGGAGGAAUUCCCUGUUCUACGCGAACUGUCCAAGCGGAAAUUUGCUCAGGAGGGCGACAUUGAAAUGGCCAGUGAGCUGGUGGAGAAGAGCUCAGGAAUCACACGAUCAAAAGCGCUGGCAAUCGGCCAGGCAGAACUGGCAGCUCAGGCGGCCAUGCAGUUCGCUCCUUCACCUGAGCGAGAUGCCAUGGUGCGACUGGCUCAGAAAGUCGUGUACCGAUCCAAAUAGAUGUACUACUGUACACACGCACGGAGGUGAAAGCAAAAUGAUAAAAGUUUUAUUUUUCCUUAACUGAGACGGAGCUGCGACGGCCUCCGUGUCACCAGCACAGCUCGACUUGCUGCU